AUGUCACUUUACAAAUUGCCUCCCGAGACUCUAACACAGAUCUUUGAUCAAGUCGGGUCAUCUUUUUUCCACGAAGAUUUGGGUCGCCUUACGGUCUGCAAACAAUGGUUCGAAUAUGCCCUUCCUGUAUUUUUCAAGUGCAUCAAACUUUACCAAAAGACCCUGCGUAGCCUAGUAAGUUCCCGGGUCAUGAAAAGUCCAUCUCUACUUCAGGGCCGCCUGGAAAUCCUGGAGCUUGAUCUCAGCGGAUAUCAUGCCCCUUUCUCCACGUUAUAUCCUGAAAACCCUGCUUCGGAAUUGGAUCUAUUAAAGGACAGUGGCCCGAAUGAGGCUCCCAGAGAACAUACGACUGAGACAUGGAUAAAGGACCUUGGAAAUGACCUCGCCCAACUCACCAUUAUGGCCCAAAAAUCUCACAGGUUGCGUACCUUGCGCAUAAGAGCCCGGGGCUAUCUCUCCCCUCAGCCGCUGGAUAGCUCUGACGAUUAUCUGCCGCUAGCAGCGAUGCAAGCCUUGCUUUCGAUGGAGAACCUCUGCAUGCUAGUGCUGGAUUCAUCUGUCAGCAUUCUAGCCCCAUCGGGAGAGCAAGGGGGUAGCCAUCAUAUUUGUCCAGCCAUCGGCACCCUUCUGCGCACGCUUCGAACCCUUCAUGUACGCAUGCGCAGCAUCUGCCCUGACGUUUUGAAGCCCCAGGACCCAAACGAAAGUCUGCACUUGAGCGAAGUGGUCGUCAACUUGAGCCUGACUACCAACCUACCAGGGAUAACCUCGGCGGCUCACUCUAAACGAUGUGGUUUCCAGGAAGGAGGAUUGCUUCAACUGAAAGCGGACAUACAAGAGAAGGCAGAGGCUCUCGCAACCAAAAUGACGUCACCCAAAGUUGUGAGGAUUCUGACUCAUACACUACCUCAGUUUGAAACGCAGUCACUCGACGUCUUGACUGGCAGGACUAUGAUUCUGGGCGAUGACAUGGCGUGGGGUGAAGAUGGCAAGACUGUGGAAGAGGAGUCUGGAUCAGAGUCCGAGCUGCUAGAUGAGGAAUUUGAAACAUUUUUGGAUGACUGA